UUGUCUUUGGGGAGGUCGGCUGGAAGCUAAAGACAGAGGCCACCAUGGAGAGAAACGGUGCUGCUUUUCCCCAAACACUAGACCCUAUACACCACUUCUACAUAGUGCUGCUGGAUCAGAGACAGAGGCUGCAUGGCCAAAUUGCUCACCUUCACAAGGUGGCUCGUAAACUCAACACGCUCCGCAGAAGGUCCCUGAUUGCCAACGUCAGUGGGAGCACCCUGACCGCUGCAGGAGCAGUCACAGCCAUUGUGGGGCUGUCCCUGAGCCCGGUGACGCUGGGAGCCUCUCUCCUGGCAUCAGCUGUGGGUCUGGGCCUGGCCACUGCCGGGGGGGCCAUCAGUAUCACCUCCGAUCUCUCUUCAGUGCUCUGCAAUUCCCAGGAGGUGAGGAAGGUUCAGGAAAUCGCAGUGGCUUGUCGGAAACAGAUGAGGGAAAUACUCAGCUGCCUGGAGUUCCUCCGCCGUGGGCAGGGCCCAGGGGACCCCACACUGCACCAGUCAGAGAAGAGGGCCUCCAUCUCACUGUACAACUCCGUCAGCUUCAUGGUCUUCUGUGGCUCCCACAGCUUCUUCGUGCCAGAAUACACAAAAGAGGUCACAAAAGUGAGCCAGGCUGUGCUGAAGGCCAAAAUCCAGAAGCUGGCUGCCAACCUUGAGACCUGCACCAGGGCAAUGGAUGAAGUCUGUGAACUUCUUGAGUCCAGGACAAAGCUUUCCUCAUGCACAAAGAGACUCAACUUGGGUGCUAAAACGACUGCUGAGAUUCUGAGACCAUCCAGCUGAAACAAUGUUUGCCCAAUAAUUAAAACUGGGCUUGGAGACAUUACAUUAUUAAUUGUCACCGUUGGCACUGCUACUUGUUCCUAUCAUAAUAUUGGUGGCGCUAAUCCACACAGGUGUGCACAUCUGUCAUGUGCCUUAUCUAUAUCUGAACACAAAUGCUUUUCUGAUAGGAAGCUAAAAGUGCCACACAUGCCCCC